UCCGACCAUGUUGGUGCCGGCCGACAUGCUGGCCGCUCAAUCGAAGAUGCUCUACCAAAUCAACAAAUACUACGGCGAACGCGUACAAACCAGAAUGGGCACCAUUGCCAAAACCAUCCGCGAAGUGUGUAAAGUGGUUCAGGACGUUCUGAAAGAAGUCGAAGUACAAGAACCGCGGUUCAUCUCGUCUCUAACCGAGUGUAACGGUCGCUACGAAGGACUAGAAGUUAUUUCCCCGGGGGAAUUCGAAGUGGUGCUCUACUUAAACCAAAUGGGAGUGUUCAACUUCGUGGACGACGGUACUUUACCCGGAUGUGCCGUUCUUAAACUAAGCGACGGAAGAAAACGCUCCAUGUCGCUCUGGGUCGAAUUCAUCACAGCCUCCGGAUAUCUAUCAGCCAGAAAGAUCAGAUCCCGCUUCCAAACGCUGGUAGCGCAAGCUUGCGAUAAAUGCGCCUACCGAGACUCGGUUAAGAUGAUAGCGGACACCACGGAAGUCAAACUCCGGAUUCGAGACAGAUAUGUCGUUCAAAUCACACCCGCCUUCAAGUGUUCCGGAGUGUGGCCUAGGUCAGCGGCUCAUUGGCCUCUCCCUCACAUUCCCUGGCCUCAUCCCAGUCUAGUAGCCGAAGUAAAAACGGAAGGUUUCGAUCUCCUAAGCAAAGAAAGCGUUGCCGCCCAAGGAAAACAGUCCUCCAUGGAAGGAGAUGCUUGGGUUCUGUCGUUUCUGGAAGCAGAAAACCGGCUGCUUCAGGGAGGUUGUAGAAGACGAUGCCUGAGCAUACUAAAAACACUAAGAGAUCGGCACCUGGAUUUACCAGGUAACCCGGUCAGUAGUUAUCACUUGAAAACGCUUUUAUUAUACGAAUGCGAGAAACAUCCUAGAGAAUCUGAAUGGGAUGAAUCAUGUAUAGGAGACAGAAUCAAUGGCAUAUACUUACAGCUGAUUUCGUGUCUUCAGUGCAGAAGGUGUCCGCACUAUUUUAUACCGAACUUAGAUUUGUUUAAAGGAAAAUCACCAAGCGCUUUGGAAAAUGCCGCCAAACAAGUUUGGAGGUUAACCAGGGAGUUACUAACAAACAGUAGAUGUCUAGAAAAACUUUAGUUUAGUGAUAUAAAGUAUUAAAAGACCAUGAAACAUUUAAUGUGCCAUUUCCUCAAACCGUACUAAAAAACUUUCGAUGUAUAGCGACUGAAUUAAAAUGCAUUUAAGUAGUAUUGUAUGAUAUUUCGUUUAAUUUUGAUAAUUUAUAGUGCUUUUAUAUUCAUAUAAAAUAAGACUAUAUAUUUUUUGUUGUAUAAAGAUUGUUAAUAUGAUUGUAUACUAUUUAUUUAAAAGUUCGAGACUGAGUUGUUUAAUCAAAUUUGUUAAUAAUUUGUUGAUUUGGUUAAACUUUAUUUUUGUCAGCAUGAAUUGUUCCUAAACAAGCAAACAUAAUUCUUGUAUAUUAUAUGUGUAUAAAAUAAUUAUUUAAUAAAAUUAUGUUAUUUAUGUUUUCAAUUAGUUUGUAAGUAUUGAUUGUUUAAUUAUUAUGACAUAAAAUACCCUAAAAAAUCAAAUCUAU